AGGGCUUCCUCUCUGGCACCCAACCAUGAAGCUCCUUUUUCCUAUCUUUGCCAGCCUCAUGCUACAGUACCAGGUGAACACAGAAUUUAUUGGCUUGAGAAGAUGUUUAAUGGGUUUUGGGAGAUGCAGGGAGCAUUGCAAUGUGGAUGAAAAAGAGAUACAGAAAUGCAAGAUGAAAAAAUGUUGUGUUGGACCAAAAGUGGUUAAAUUGAUUAAAAACUACCUGCAAUAUGGAACACCCAAUGUACUUAAUGAAGACAUCCAAGAGAUGCUAAAACCUGCCAAGAAUUCUAGUGCUGUGAUACAAAGAAAACAUAUUUUGUCUGAUCUCCCCCAAAUCAAAAGCACUAGCUUUUUUGCUAAUACCAACCUUGUCAUCAUUCCAAAUGCCACCCCUGUGAACUCUGCCACUGUCAGCACCAUGACCUCAGAACAGAUCACAUACAUUGCUACUUCUACCAAGAAUAACACCAAAGAAAGUGGAGAUUCUGCCACUGCCUCCCCACCACCAGCACCGCCUCCACCAAACAUACUGCCAACACCAUCACUGGAGCUGGAGGAAGCAGAAGAGCAGUAAUGGGGAUCUUUCCCUUAAAACUUAAAGUUUCAAGUUCCUCUCUAUUUUUGCUAUCUAUAAAAUGACAUAGAACUGUUUCCUCUGUCAUCAGUCAUUCAAUAAACACUGUUUGAGCACC